CACGGCCUGCAAAACAGUGCAAUCAUCUCGCGCUCCACUUGACACGCUCCACUUGACACACUCCACUUGACACGCUCCACCACCACCAGCGGCUGCUCGAUCCCCAACCUGCUGCCACGAUGAGCGACCAAGACGUGAGGAGAUCCUCGCCAACACCGCCGGCAACCCCAACACACCGCCGCUUGCCAGAGUCGCCACAUGACACACAUCACCACCACCACCAUUCCCCUCACCUCCAAUCGCAGGCUGACGAGGACACGCCGCGACCCCAUGCCACGAAGAAGCUGCCUGCGCGACCCAUGGACUACGUUGUCAUGGGCCGCCCCAAGUUCCUCAUGUACAGCCUGGCGUGCCACGCCGUGGGCGUCUUGGUGGCACUGCAGCAAGGCUGCGAGGUGGAUCUGGUGUCCUGCGCCCUGCUCCAGCUCACCGUCUGGUGCACCCACCUCAUGACCCACUACAUCAACGAGUACGGCGACUACGAGGCAGACAAGCUCAACACCAACGCCGGGUCCUGGACCGGCGGCAGCAAGAUCCUGCACUCCCGCGGCCUCUCCCGCAACGUGGCCCUGGUCAUCGGCAUUGUGCUGCAGGUGCUGGCGUUCCUCUCUGGCGCAGCGUGUGUGCUCCGCUUCGUCAACAUCCGACACGGCGUGCCCCUCGAUAUCCCGCAGAGCACCGACGAUGCGCUGGAGCUCGUCACCAGCACCUUCGCCCACCUCCCGCACGCGUUUGUGCUGUUUGGCGUCUCCGUCUUCUUCGUUGCCUUUGCCUACAGCCUGCCGCCACUGCGCCUCAGCGCUGUCGGGCUGGGCGAGGUGUGCGUCUCGUAUGUGCUCACCUUCUCCACGCCCGUGGUCGGCUGCCUGCUGCAAGGCGGCAGCAUCACCUUUCGCUUCGUUCUCCUGCUCAUCCCCAUCUUCAUCAUGAACCUCAACCGCAUGAUCAUCAUGAACAUCCCAGACCGCCACGGCGACGCCGCCGCGGGCAAGGUCACCUCCGUUGUCAUGGUUGGCGAGCACCGCGCCGUCGCCAUCAACAACAUCCUCUACCUUGCCACGUACCUCAUCGUGCUGCCCCAGCUGCAGCUUGGACCCAUCAUCACCACCGCCUACCUGCUGCCACUGCCGCUGCGGUGGUGGCAGAGCCUGCGCAUCAACACGCCGCACUGGUGGGGGGUGCGUCACCUCGUGGACUCCAUCCCCUUUGUUGAGAGCGUCUUCAUCCUCACCACCGUCGUCUUCCUUGUCGCCGGGCUCGCGUGCGAGCUCGAUGACACAUGUGCCGCGUGGUUCUCUCUCUAAUAGCCCCGUAUGUGUCUGCCUCUGUGAGUGUGAGUGUGUCUGCCUGUGUGAAUUCUGAGUGUGGGUGUGUGUCUGUGCCUGUGUGUGUGUGUGUGUGUGUGUGUGUGUGUGUGUGUGUG